GCAAACGUGAUGCAUAGGAGUAUGUUGCAAUUGUUUUGGCUGGAAAAUCGAAGUGCCCACCGUGCCCACAUAGAGUAAGGACAUACAUAGAUUCAGCAGGCAGUAGAUAGUGAAUAUAUAAACAGAUAAACAGGCAGAUGCACAUAAAGUACAUUCUGGGGCAUCAUAUUGGAAGAAUAAGCUACCCCAGGCCACCAGGUCAGAAAAGGUAACAUGAAACCUUUAGACCAAGAGGAUAGUAUGUACGUCAAAGACAGUUACACAGUCCUAUUCCUCAGAUCAUAUCUCGACAAUUACUGAAAGACAAUCAUAUAACACAGUCGUUAUACUCUGUAUUUCAUACUCGUUUUGACUAUUAACACACGUGUAGUGUGAUGGACCGCUUGGCACCACGACUGGGUGCCUCCAUCAGUCGAUGCUCCUAGUGCUUACCGAGGACUCCAAGCACUCCACCAGACACCAUAAGCACUGUAGACCCCCACGAACCGCUGCAGUUUAGUUGGUGUCUUGCCGUCCUCCACCCACCCUGGACCCAAGACCAGGAUCGAGCUUUCCGUGGGUGAACCUCUCCUACUCCAGAGAGCGUAGCAGGAACAGCUCUUAUAAGAGCUAGUGAUUAGAAUCCAGGGGAGUAUAAGGAGUAUAGCAAUCGCCAGUGUGAAUAUAGCUGUUCCCUCCACACAUAACGUGAGACUGUAUGUUGAGGGUGAAGAGGAACUGAUUUUAAUGGUGCCACAAUGGCCUUUAUGCAAGUCCCCAAGCAAGGGGUACGCCCACAUAGACCCUGUUGGCGACAGGGACACAAACUUACAAACCAAUAAUAACACAUAUACAAUGUAAUGCACUCCCACACAUGGCAUUCAAUCCCUCCCCUCUGCCUGGGCGAUAAUUGAGUCAGAUACCCAAUUAUCUCCAGGCAGAAAAAAACCACAUUUUACAAAACCCCAAAAGUAUCCCAAAAACACAUAAAAUCCCCACAAUUAUUACAUCCCCUGAUAGCCCUGAUCUGAGUGACCAACAUAUCCAAAAAUCACCCAGAUCAGUUUAGGGGUUCAGGAAUUCGAUGGAAGUUUUAUUUUGACUGACUGCACGCAUGGUUUCAUGCCCAAAACAGUUCCAGAGAAUCAGGCUGCGCGGCCGGUCUACUUCAAGGAUUCGAAAUAACAUUCAAAAUAUCAAACGUAGCCGUUCGUGAAUAAAGUCAGUGUAUGUCUCUUGUUCGGGAGUUUCUUCUUACCGAACGCCGUUCGACUCCUGUUCGAAUAGCCGAACAUCCAUGGAAGAUAGAUAGUAAGCGGUGUUCGUGCUGUUGAGUGGCCGAUUUGAGUUCCAUGCACUUGACAACCAAACACCGCUGGAUGUGUUCGACUAAACAAGAUGAUCACCGCCACGUGUUCGAAUGCCACUUCAAAAGGCUUCGGGAGUUCGGAAGUUUGAAGUGCCGCUUCGAAAGUUCGAAUGGUUCCUGCUACCAGUCCCAACAGGCACAAAUAAUGUUUUCAAAUAGGGUUUAACACAGGGGCCAUAGUCACAGGGUAGGAGGCUGGCCAACAGGCCCCUCCAAGAACCAGUGGCAAGGUUACGUUGGCCACAUGUAGGAAGAUGGCAGCUCAAGGGUGCUGAUUAUGUACCAUAACUGAUCACUAAGAUGGUGAUCUCCAUAUAACCUCUGUACUUAGGCGCUCUGAGGAUUGAAUUUCAACUAUAAACUUCAUCCAUGAGCAGUAAUUUUAGUAACCCAAGGGUAAAGAACGAGGUAAGAACACAGACUGCCAGAACGUCAAAGACGUCCUUCUUCGUUUAAGACCACCAGAUAGUUCCAGGAGGUAGGAGAUAGGUUUCAGGAGUAAAGCAGUGUCUCAGAUGACCAUGAAACGGAGAGAUAUGAUGAUAUAAAGUAGAUUAGGUUUAUAGUGUAUCGUGCUUGUCUGAUGUUAGAGUGGUUACUUGGGAUUCCAAACCAGUAGUGAUAGAGGCUAGAAUGAGAUAUUAUAGGUUACAGCAUUUUGUGUUCUGCAUUGGCAAGAGCAGAAUCCAUCAGAAUCCAUUUUCUGACAUUGGGUCAUUUAGCUCAACUAAAGUACAAUUGGUAAAACUGAAGUCCAUGUGUACAGUGACUGACACACAAUUACUCCCUAACUAAUGUCUUCACUCUACCAAAGCCAUGACUAGGUACAGUAGUCCCCUAUUACUAAUGCCAUUGUUAUGCUCUGACAGGUAGUAGCACAAGGUUAAAGAAGACUGCAAUGCUCUUCAUGCCAAAAGGGUACUGUCCCAGCUCCUAACUCAGAGCAAUUCACCUUUAUUGUAAAUAAUUAAUGUGAAUCCUGGUGAACUAGAAAAGAGGCUUAGAGAAAGUGGAUACAUCCUUAAUUGAUUUCAUUGUACUCACCCUCAGAAGACCUACUGAAUGCAGAAAGUAUAUCAGGAUAAUUCUGUACAGACCAUCUAAAAUAAUUUAUAAAUUUGAAAAACUACUACAGAUAUGGUAGUCUUAUAGGCCACGGACACCGGAUAAUAGUUUAAAGUUUCUUUGUAUCCAACUUGUAAUCCUUGGCCAUCAUGAUAUAACCAGAGGAAGCCUCUAUGUGUUUCUCAAAGAUACAAUUCUUUCACUCUGUAUAUAGAUUGUGCUCACAAAGUCUCGGUAGGACCAGCUUAAAAAGUCUUCAGUGGGUAGUCGAUUUUAUUAACUAGAAUUAUAAUGUAUCUCCUUUUGCUGCAAAUCUCCUCUGAAAACAUUAUGGAUAAACUCCUGGAAGGUGACAGAAUAAUUACCUAGAUUAAACAACACAUUCAGAAAUAAACCAUACUAAUGAGAAUCUUCUGCCCGUUUUAUUUCUAUUUAUUCAGUAAACCGAUACACCCUAUUUUCCUGCCUAUAUGAAGUAUUUUAUCCCUUUUAUCCCAUGUGCUAUAGUCAAAGGGAAUUUUUAUGUAUACUGUUAACCAGCACUCACUGUCGUGGAACCACCAUUGACCUUUAUCUCAUCAAGACCAAAGGGAAAACUUCAGUUACAUCAAAGCAAAUGCACUCAAAGUAUAUCAAAAGCUGUCAGAAGCCAUGCUUACAUACAUACACCUGCACUAUUUGCUUGGACCGUAAGGUCAUCCUCUAUUAUCCUGGCAGAAAGACUGUACACAGAAAUAUCUGUACAGAAUGCUUUUAAGUGACCCGGACAUUCAUUCCUUCUUGAUGAAAAUAGGGGUUUGUGGUCAACCUUAAUAAAAGGGUCAUUCAAUAGUUAGAACAAAAUAUUUUUUUUUAAUGCUGGAUUGUUCUUCAUUAUUUUAGAUUUAGGGCCAGUGUAUUAAAAAAAAGAAUCUGUUUCUUACAUCGAAUUGAGUGGCAAGAUCGUCUAGUGAUUACCACUAGUGAUGGCUUCCUGGCCAACCCAACAGAGAAUCAUUUGGACACAAGGCCCAUGCACAGUAUUUGCUGCAAUCCUCAGUGUGGAUGUCUUCACACAUAGAGCAUAUCUCAGUGUGGAUGGUCUACACACGUGGAGCAGAUCUCAGUGUGGAUGGUCUACACACGUGGAGCAGAUCUCAGUGUGGAUGGUCUACACACGUGGAGCAGAUCUCAGUGUGGAUGGUCUACACACGUGGAGCAGAUCUCAGUGUGGAUGGUCUACACACGUGGAGCAGAUCUCAGUGUGGAUGGUCUACACACGUGGAGCAGAUCUCAGUGUGGAUGGUCUACACACGUGGAGCAGAUCUCAGUGUGGAUGGUCUACACACGUGGAGCAGAUCUCAGUGUGGAUGGUCUACACACGUGGAGCAGAUCUCAGUGUGGAUGGUCUACACACGUGGAGCAGAUCUCAGUGUGGAUGGUCUACACACGUGGAGCAGAUCUCAGUGUGGAUGGUCUACACACGUGGAGCAGAUCUCAUAUACACACAUGGAGCUGGAUUGAAAGAUGGAGGCUGCUGGAGGUCCAAGGUGUGCCAUCUUAUAUACCCUCAUUCAGUUUGACCUGCACAGUAGGAAUUAACUUUCAUAUAAAUCUGUACACACCUAUGAGUUACAGACUCUUUUUCUGUGUAUCCGUUGCCACCAUUGACAACUGGAGUGUGUUACGAAUGUCAUUACUGAUGUGCAAUUACCUGUAAGCACUUGCAGGGAUAUUGUACAUAUUUAUAGUAGUCUGGCAGUCUCUGGUACCUGUGGCCACCCAGAAAUACCCCGUUCCAGGCCUGGAAAGCAUUGAGAGCACAGGGCUCCAAGCCAUGCACAAUCCACACAGUGUCCGUUAGCAAACGCCCUGCACAAUAACUGCCUUCUUCUAUUCCUGCAGGACGGUGCCAACAGACAUCUCAACACACCGCACAGUAUUUUAUUUUUCAGAUGAAUGCCUUGAGGCUGCAGCCCACAACCCUUUUGCCAGCUCCUCCAUCCUAUUGACCCCCACUCUCCCAUGCUUUGCUAGCUCUCCCAUCAAGGAAACUCUUCCAGCUGUCAGUUUUACAACGAGGUGUCGUCAAAUCAGCACUUUUAUAAAAUAAGAUAAAUAGGACAUGCUAUUAAACCUCUCAAGCAGCUCAUCAAGCAGACUGUCUUUAGGGGCUUGGACUCUUCCUUUAACGCCUGCACUGCUGCGUGUCCUCCGUAAAUAUUUCUCUACUUUGACAACCCCUAUUCCCUGUUACAGGCUGAUUUUUUGGUGGGAUUUUUUUAUGUGGCUUGUUCUAUGUGAUGAAGAACCUAUGUUUGAUGAGGUUAAAAUGUUGGCCUCUUUAGUUUUCAUUUAUGUGUGCGUAUAGCAAAGUCAGGUAUAACCUGGCCAAACAGAUGUCUGUGCAUUAUGACAAGUGUAAUUCACAAACAUCUGGGCUGCUAUGGUUUUCCAUGUCUGUAACGCGGAAAGUUUCUUAUGAACAGUCAAAACAAUGAAUUUCCUAUUGUUGUUGAAUUUCUUUAUACUGGCGAUGAAAUAUUUCACUGUAUAAUAUUAAACGCUUUAUAUUAACCACGAUCCAUGCUCUGUAUAAUGAGUUAAAGCAAGCCUGCAGUAAGGGAAAAAGAUGAAUUAGCAAAGUGGAUACACAGACCCAGAGCACGAUGAUGUGCAAGAACAUUCUGCACUAUAUAAUAAUGCGGAGUAUCUCUGCACUGGAAAUGAACACGCUGAGCCCUAAUCUAGAUCUAUCACUGUCACAUACAGAUCUGUCCAAGAUGAGUGUGUAAGAGGAUAAUUACCCCGUAUACGUCACCCCCUCCUUUCCUUUUAUCUCCAGUCCCCCAGCCUAAGGGGUAUAUAAAGAAGUUCUUUUAUAUCGAGAAACUAAAUCUCUCCUGCUCUUCGGCACAUAUUUCAGCACUUCCAGCGAUCGAGUGCGCACUCUAAACCUAAAUCUUGGAAACAGGAAAGAAGAUUGAAUAUCCCAAAGACCGUAAGUAACUCUAUAAACAGCACAAAGGUACAGAAUGCAAUGAAUAUACAAUUAUUGCUCUGUUACAUGACAAGAUUUUAAAAUGUUAUACUUUAUGACUUAACUCUCCUCCCACCUCACAAAAAAUGUCUGUAGAUAAGAAAUUUAAAAAAAAAAGGAAUUGGAGGUACACCUACUACCUCCAUUUCUCAGCAAAGCUGCUGACAUAGAGACUAAAAUGUAUACAUAAUACAGAUUAAGGAACAGCGCACACACACAAAAACACAACUUUAAAUUUUACAAGGCUACUAAAAAUCAUGGGGAUUCAGUUCUACCAUAAGGUCAUAUCAUGUUAAGCCCACCACUACGUCACAGUACCUCAAUGGUGGUGGGUCCUACACUAAUUCCAGCAUAGGAGGCAAAUUAAAUAAUGCUGGUGCUAAAUCACUAGAGUGUAUUUAAUUAAUCUGUUGUAAGAGCAUUGUGAAUAAAUAUAUAUAUUGCAAACUGAAGUGAUAAUAAACACAAUUUUAAAAAAAGAGUGUCAAAACUAAACAAUUAAAGUGAUAGUACUUAGAUUUAUAUACUCACAAUGCAUAUCAUAUAUCUGCUCUAUACCAAAUUAAAAUUGUAAUUAAAGUGACAUUGCAUUUGCUAUCCAAAACCUUCUCAAAUUUAUACAAAAUGCAGAUUAAGGAACAACACACACAUGAUAAUACAGUUUUUAAUUUUACACGGCUACUUAAAGUUACCUAUCUCAGCAAACAAAUAUGGGGAAUGUUAAAUAUUGUACCCCCUUCCCCUCAAUGUGAAAUUAAGACUGUGUGCUUUGUAUCUCCUUUUUUCUCAGAACAAUGCACAUGUCCCUAUACCUUGUGCUGCUCCAUCUCGGCUGGUGUGUUCAAUGUGACAUUCUGUAUCCAAAUUACAGGUAUGUACCAUCCUCACUGCUUUCACCAGUAGUCUCGGCAAAGGCAAAUAUUUUUUGGAAGGGUUUAUUCAAUAAAUAGUGACUUAGUUCAAAGCUGCAGUUUAUUUUCGAAACCAGAAAAUGUGAAGAAUUGAAAACUGAACUGCAAAUUUGAAUUGAAAAUAGACAAAUAAAAAAUAAUAAUAAUUCAAACUCCAUAUUUACAAAUAUGCUAUUUUAAUCUAUUUUAAUCAGUUUCCAGGUUAAUUGUACACUAUUCUCUCUUUAGCAAAUAGACAGAAUUACAUUUCAGCAAAAAUAGGCGUGUUGGAAAGACCAUCUAUUUAAGUAAUUAGGUGGGCGCUUCUGUACCUCUAUGUAUAUGGAGUUAGGGGUAAAGAUAAAGGUGUACACAGAUGGGAUUGGGACUGUCUUUGUGCCAUGUAUGUUGUCAAGCCUUUAGAUAUUAAUCAGAAACAGAAUGCAUUAUAGAAUAAUAAUGAAUAGCAGAUUGGUGACUUAAUGCUUUUCAGCUGGUACGAAUGCAUCGAUCUGUCCAUUAUUUACCUGUGGAGCCUUAUUCAAUAAAAAAAGACUCAACAAGUAAAUCAGGACACAUUGAUGCGUUCAAGCAUAAGUCUAGCUCUAUAUACACAGAGGUACAAAAGUGCCUAUUCACUUAAGUCUAAUGAAUAGCUAAGUAAUUAGGAAAAAAAACAAGCUUACAACAGUAUACAAAUUAUACAAUAUAAAUAAUGUUUUCAUGAACCUUUUGUGAUAAUACCAUCACUGUUACCCAAUUUCUUGCCCAACUAAAAAAAUUAAAUACCCCAUCUCACUUCAUAGGCAGCAGACUGAAGAAUGCAGAAUGAAAGCACCACACAAUAUGUUUUUUUAACAACGUGGAUGCAGACAAUUGGGUGCAAAUGGGUGGUGGUCCAUCAGUCAGCCCCUGCUACUGGACAGACAUACAUAUGCAUAGCUUGUUGGAGGCAUUUGUCCACCUGGAUUCACUACUGUCAAAUAUACAUGUAAGAUGUGCAUAGGCGCAGGGGUAGGCAACCUUUGGCACUCCAGAUGUUGUGGACUACAUCCCCCAUAAUACUGGCAAAGCAUCAUGGGAGGUGUAGUCCAAAACAUCUGCAGUGCCGAAGGUUGCCUAUACCUGGUAGGGGAUUGAAAUAAGGGAAAGGGCUGGCUCACAUGUGUUCCUAAAAUUACUGUUGUGUUGAAACACUUGACAUUAUCUGUAGGCAAAUGGCUGCCUUAGCCUUAUGGGAGUUGUAGCUCAAAAGCACCAUGACAUCUAUCAGAUCAGAUUCAACUAUCACUAUGCAGUGUACAUACAAAGACAAUGCAACAGUUGGCCUCAGAUCAGAAACAGUAGCGAUUAAUAAAAUAUACCAUAAGUAAAAAUGUAAUAUCAGUCCUUACCUAAUGUCAUAAUACAUGUAAUACCUAAAAAAUAUAAUAAAUAAAAAAAACUUAAGCAGCCUAAUAAUAUCUAUAGCAAUUAUGCAAUAGUGCCACCAGUAUUAUACAAUUCAACUCUAUAGCCUGCAACCCCCAAUCCCAAUUAAACAUAUUUAUCCAAUAUACCCUGGUAGGAAAAUUAAGGAGAAUGUUGGGAUGGAGAGGUGAACACGGAAAGUAUAAUUGUAACCAGAGCUGUAUAUAAAUUGCAAUAGCAAUAUAGUGAAACAGAUGCUGCCGAUGACUGUUAACCCUGUUUAUUCUUUGCUAUAAGCCCGACCAAUGAUAUUCUCUCUUUAUGAGAUGAGAUAAGAGCCAAGUGUACCCUCUUGUGAGUUGGGUCACGAUGACAUCUGUUUGAAGACAUUCUCUCUCCUUUCUCCCUCUCGAUUGCACUUUCUCUGCCCAUUCCUAAAUCCUUUCAUCUUCAUCAUCACAAUUGUAUUAACCCAUACAAUGUCACAAGGCUGAAAAAUGCAAGAAAGAAGGAACAUUUGGAAACUGAUUAUUGGAGGUUCAGUAAACAAAAUCCCAUUUAUUUGACAGUGUACGCUGCGCUUUACACCCGACUUAUUAUUUUAAUGUGUUUCAAUGUCGGCUUUCGGAAAAUAUACAGCUACUUGUGUUCACGUGUCUAUACUUGUUUUUUAAUCAUGACUUUGCGGUGGGAUACUCUAGAUAAGCCCUAUUUAUAAAUUAUGAAGAAUGUAUUAUUAAUUUCCUAAACUGUGAAUUGUGGUUAACUAAACACUGUAUUUGAUAAAUUUAAAUAAGAUAACCAAUUCGGGAAUAAAUAGUGUAGAGCAGGGGUCUCUAAAAGGUAGACCCCCGGAUGUUUUAAAACUACAGCUUUCAUGAUGCUUUGACGUUUAAAGUCAUCUGGGAUCUACCUUUUGGGCAUCCCUGGUGUGGAGUUUUCAACAUGGUACUCUGUAUUACAAAUGUACUUUUUUGUUUUCUCCCUAAUUGACUGUAACACAGGCUCUUGCAUACAUUUUAUUUACUAAACCAGGAGUUGUGCAGAUCUGCAAGGUGAUUGCAUAGGUGUGACUGAAAUAGAUAAAUUGGAGCAUUUCAUCUCAGCAGGUUUAAAGCUCAGUUAUUUGGGGCUAAAAUGGGAAAUUCCUGUGUCAGUUGUUCACAAUUUUUCUCUGGGUUUCUCAAAAAACUUCUAAUUGUAAUUAAACUUUAUAUUGCAAAAUGUGGGCUAAAAAACGCCAAGCUAUGACUACAACUGCUUUGCUGAAUUUUGCCAGCUGAGCUAUUUAAACCCAAUUUAUUUAUUUUUUGUGGCUAUUUACAUUUUAUUUACUAAAGGAGUUGUGCAGAUCUGCAAGGUGAAAUAGGUGUGACUGAAAUAGAUAAAUUGGAGCAAUCUCAGCAGGUUUAAAGCUCAGUUAUUUGGGGCAAAUGGGAAAUUCCUGUGUCAGUUGUUCACAAUUUUUCUCUGGGUUUCUCAAAAAACUUCAAAUUGUAAUUAAACUUUAUAUUGCAAAAUGUGGGCUAAAAAACGCCAAGCUAUGACUACAAUGCUUUGCUGAAUUUUGCCAGCUGAGCUAUUUAAACCCAAUUUAUUUAUUUUUUGUGGCUAUUUAAAAAAAAUUUAAAUGCAAUUUUUUCACAAGUAAUACAAAAGGAGCGACCAUAAAAAUAACACGGUAAAAUUAGAACAAAUAAUUAAUUUUACCUCUGUUUUGUAAAUGUUUCCAUUAUUGAAUAUACAUAAGGGAAUAAGUAAACAAAAAUGGCAGGGGUAUGUUUAUUAUUCGAAGCGUUCAAAUAGCGCCAGAUUAUUUUACAGUUAUACAGUGGGGAUAUACAACAGAAAGUAAUUGUAUAAUUAAAUGAAUGCUGAAAGACAGGACGGGUGAAGUAGGCCCUGCCGAAACAAACUUAAAGAAGCAAUCACAUGAAUUUAAAUGCUAAAAUUGAAGCAACUCUACAAGAUAAACUAUUUGUUUUAAUUUUCAAGAAAGGGAACAGCUUGUGAUGUGUCUAUUCUCAUUAACGCACAUUAUAUCCUACAGUUAUAAGCAGAAGCCCAGAUCUAUCAGAGAGAUAUACUUGCAGACACAGGGCGACGAUCCCAUACAGAGUAAUGACCGAUCGAUGGAUGAGCAAGAAGAAGACUUUGUAAGGGGACUUUCGGACAAUAGGUGAGUUUCACGAUCAAUGUUUUAUUUGCUCUAAAAAUGAAUUGAACUGUGACAGGUCUGGAAGAGAAAGCCCCCCAUUCCAGUGCUGGUAAGGUAGCACAGUUUGUAAAUUCUCUGACUACAGAGCCAGUAAAAAAAAAAGCAACAUAAGAUAUUGAUACUUUGGAGAGCGUUCAGAGAAGAGCUACUAUACUGGUUCAUGGAGUACAGGAUAAAACUUACAAGGAGAGGUUAAAGGAUCUUAACAUGUAUAGCUUGGAGGAAAAAACGAGACGGGGGAUAUGAUAGAAACAUUUAAAUACAUAAAGGGAAUCAAUACAGUAAAGGAGACUAUAUUUAAAAGAAGAAAAACUACCACAACAAGAGGACAUAGUCUUAAAUUAGAGGGGCAAAGGUUUAAAAAUAAUAUCCGGAAGUAUUACUUUACUGAGAGGGUAGUGGAUGCAUGGAACAGCCUUCCAGCUGAAGUGGUAGAUGUUAAUGUAACCGUGGAAGUGUGCAGAAGCCAAACACAGAGAGAUGAUACCGGUAUUCCGGAAGUAAAGGCCUUUAUUCACGUACCGAUCGGGUCUCAGAUGGACUUAUGUUCCACAACAGAUCUGAGCCCCACAUGGAGUACAUUCCUUAUAAAGCAAUAUAGCUCCUCCGAUAAAUAGCUACACCCACACAUACCCUUAACCAAUCAAUGAACAGAGUCUGGACUUGCUCAUCCGGUCAGACCACAUGGCUCUUCCGAAACAAAGGAGAAAGGAGUGUGAUUUCAGUUCCUACAUUCCUGCACAUGCUCAGUACAUUGAUGACAGUCUCUUAGCUAUGUGUAACUAACUGAUACUACAAACACACGUACCUACAUAUGCCACGUGGCAAUCUUGGCCUACUAAACUUCUAUUUUACUGGAAUUCCAUCACAUUCCCCCCUUUGAUGCUUCUGCUAUAAAAUAAUUCCGGAUGCAUCAUCAAUCAUAAUUUGCCAACACCUCUCAAGUAGCCAUGAACCAGAACAGACCUCGUAAGGAUCUUUAGCAUAUUCUUUCAGCAUUCCCCAUCCUGAAUAUGCUCUCUUUGGGCUAAAGGUUCAUAUCUACAGACAGCCAUUACACGGGCAGCUGUCUUCCUCUCAAUAGUGCUGUCUAUAACACUUCGUAUGGACCUAACCACUAAUGGAAUUAAUCAGGGCAGAAAGAGACAUAGGAAUAUAAUAAAUACUACUCCUCCUACCAAUGCCUUAAUCCCUCCAAGCUGCUCAUACCAACUUCCAAACCAACUACUUGGGUUAUACCCACUCCAGACCUGAGUAGGCACAUGCAUAAGUUUAACCAUGUGACUGGUAAAUUCAGCCACUGCCUGCCCUUCAUCGUCUAUGUGCAGACAACAGUUACUUAGAUUAAACUUCCCGCAUACACCUCCCUCUACUGCUAAUAAGUAGUCCAGAGCUAAUCUAUUUUGAUAGAUGGCUGAUCUCAUUCGAGUAUUAUGUUUAGCUAGGAGAUUGAGCGCUUGAGCUGUCUCACUGGUGAUAAUCUCAACCACUGCCUGUAAUCUUAUAAUACGGUUGAGCAUAUAUAUUGGGGUUCUAUAUCCAUAAGUACCAUCUUCUGCCCAAGUAGCCGGUUCAUAAUAAUUAAUAAUAUGUUGGGGAGGCCACUCAUCAUCUUCCAAGCUACCUAUAUUCAAAGAUGCUCUCUUCUUUUUAUGAUUUACAUCAUAAACCUUAAUUCCCAAGGUCUCUCCUGUUUCGAUUGGCAACAAGAAGAAGGAUGGUUUGAGCAUACCUAGUACACAUGCCCCUUCCCAGUCUUGUGGUAACUCUGAAUAUGCCUUCUUACCACAAAUCCAGUAAAGAUUUGCUGGGGCUUUCCAUUUUGAUGUAGCAGAUAAAUCAAACCAUACCUCCUUCAAAUUAGUGUAAUUGGCAAACGACUUAUAGGUUCUGAGACAUUUGAAGCUGACCACUACGUAGUAUCUUUUGUAUUAUCAUUAUAAGCCUUUUGUCCCAAACAUGUUAACUCACCUACAGACGUGUCCCUUUCCUAGCUACACAAACAUGAUCUAUAAUAGAGGUUUUUAACUGCCAUUCUGAUUUACCUCUAGUACUUACUUGAUGAUCAGACUGAGAAAGUAUCUGUUGUUCAUCUGUCUCAGAACCAGGGUUCCAUGCUUCCUUUGUUUCCCAUAUUAGUACCUCCACAUACAAACAGUUAGUUACAUUAAGACUACCCGCAAUACUCUCAGCUAAAUGUACAAAUAGCUUCUUAACAUUAUGGGGAAUUUUAUCCUCACUCAUCUCCUCAUAGAAGGAAUGAAAAACCUGACGAGUCUGGGUUGCUACAGUCUCCGUUUCAAUGCCUACAUAUAUAAUAGCCCCAGGAUCCAACCCUGUUCCGUAUAUUUGGAACCCAAAUAGAAUUCCGAACUUGUCUAUGAAGUGUUGCGGAUUAGAAAUGGUCAUAUGGACCGGAUUACACUCGAUAGAUUUACAAUGUGGUGUGGUAGGCAACCUUUGGAUAAUCAUAUCUUGGUCUACUGUUUUACCCCAGGUUGCCCACCACACACAAGACCAAUAUGGACAGAAAUUAAAAUCUCUAUUUGGGCAAUCAGGAUCUUUACUGGGACAUAAAUAUUUGUAAUUGAACCUAUAAAUUCGUUCCCACUUUAGAUUACCACAUACAUUCCAAGGUUUUCCACUACCCGAGAUCGCCUUACAUGCAUCACAUAAUAGAAUACCCGUAGAAUAUAUGGUAUUUAUCACCGUCCUAUUUAUCAAGGUGCCCUGAGAGUUACUAUUCAGAAUUACCAACCAAAUUGUACGGGGUUGGAAUUGGGGAUCAAAACAUUUAGGCUCUCCUACUGCUGGGUGACACACACUGUAAUCAAUAUCUAAAUAUCUACAUUUAGAUACAGAUCCCUUACAUUCAUACUGUGAGUGCCAAAUAAGAGUUUGGGAUAUUUGAUUACCUGUUUUUGUAGUCUUAAUGCAACUAUCACAAUUCUGUAUAUCUGUACUCCUUCCUGAAAAUUUAUAACAAUACAUAAACACAAUAAAAUUCAUUAUUCCUGAAAUCCUCACUCUUAUCUCUUCGACCAUGCGACGGCACCUCAGCUUCCCGACUGUGAGGGCUGCAAGGAUUGGCGUUCUUCUGAUCCUCACUUUCCUUCACAGAGAUCUCUUCAAGACACUCUGGCUUAUGACACGUAGGCAGAUGGUCAGGCUUUAUUAUGGCCGUCAAAACACCUACUUGCUGGUCUAGAAAUAGUACUUUCAACCACGAUGUCCCAAUACUUCACACUCACUCCAACUGAGUCACUCGCUUUAACCGGACCCUGCAAUGAUUUUCAGGGUCUGGAGUGGCUUGCCAAGAGUUUGCCACUGGUUUAACCCUAGAGUGAUGAAUCCACAUUGUCACUUCUGCCACGUUUACAGCUGUUGGAGUGGACAAAAGAACAACAUAAGGACCUCUCCAUUUAGGAUAUAAUGGAACACUAUUUCAUUCUUUUAUCCACACUUGAUCUCCUGGAUGGUAAGAAUGAACAGGUGGAUGUAUGUUCACAGGUAACCUAUCUUGUACCCAUUUCUGUAUUUCCUCCAUAGUUCUACCCAACUCUACAACCUGCUGCCGAGUAAUUCCUUCACCCAACUGACUCAAAUCCUCCCUUAGAUUACUGAGUACAGGAGGUGGACGCCCAUACAUAAUUUCAAAAGGAAACAAACCCAUUCUCCUGGUAGGAGUACUGCGUAUGCGCAAAAGAGCUAUUGGCAAAAGAACAUUCCACUUAAGCUGGGUCUCUUGACACAUUUUUCCAACUGGGUCUUUAUAGUUCUGUUCACCCUUUCCACCUUCCCAGAACUCUGAGGUCUAUAUGCUGUAUGAAGUUUCCACUUAAUACCAAGCAUAUGAGUCAGUUGUUGUAGGCAUUGGUGAAUAAAGGCUGGGCCAUUAUCUGAUCCUAUAGAGCACUGGAGUCAAUAUCUGGGUAGGACUUCUCGCAACAGGAAUCGUACAACUUCUCCUGUUUUUUCCGUACGGGUUGGACAAGCUUCUACCCAACCUGAGUAGGUACACACAUGUACCAACAGGUAAGGAUACAUUACUGUAUAGUCUAUUUGCAGAUCUGACAUGGGGAGUCCUCCCAGAUACUGGAUCCCAGGAGGUUUAACAGGGCCUUGUCUUGCAUUGUUCUUUGUACAGAGAACACAUCUUCGAACAAUGGCUUGAGUAAGAUUGGAUAAUUUUGGUAUAUAGAAAUGUUUCCUGAGAGAUUCUUCCAUACUAUCUCUUCCUGUAUGUGUGCCAUUGUGGAAGUUCUGAACAAUCUCUAUAGCCAGAGAUGUCGGAAUGACUAUUCUUCCAUCUUCUAACUGAUACCAAUUGUUUUCCAAAUAUUUUCCAGCUUCAGUCUUCAACCACUCCAUCUCGAGUUGUAUGUAUCGGGAUCCAUUGAGACAGAGGGGCCAGCACAAAGGCAGCAACAUACCCCAUAAAUUCCUCCUGUCCAGAUUCAGCAGCAUGCUUAGCCGCACUAUCUGCCAUGCGAUUUCCUUUUACCACAUCACUAUCGCCUCUCAGAUGUGCUCUACAAUGUAUAAUACCGACCUCCUUUGGCUCCCAUACUGCUUCCAAUAGUUGAAGUAUUUCAGCUGCAUACUUGAUUUCUUUCCCUUCCGAAUUCAACAACCCUCUUUCUUUAUACAAGGCUCCAUGGGCAUGAGUGGUUAAAAAUGCAUAUUUUGAAUCAGUAUAUAUGUUCACCUUCAACCCGUCAGCCAACUGCAAGGCCCGUGCAAUCAAUUCUGCCUUCUGUGCUGAUGUCCCUUUUGACAGUGGCCGUGCCUCUAUCACCUUGUCUAUAGUUGUUACCGAUUAUCCUGCAUAGCGAAUUCCUUCUUUCACAUAGCUAUUACCAUCCGUAUAAUACUGUACAUCCAGGUUCUGGAUGGGAAAGUCAUGAAGGUCCGGUCGGCUUGAAACCAAUUCACCAGUUCACCAACUACAGUAUGUCUAACAAUAGUUACAAUAAUCCCAACUAUUCUAAUUGGCCAGCACCUUGAGAACUAUCAAACUAUUUACACCAGGAUUCGGUUAGUCUACGCUGCCCAAGCACCACAUAUAAUGAACUAAUGAGCGGAAUUUACAACAGGACUCAUUUAGUCUAUUAACUCUAUCAAUAGUCUAGUGGUUGAAUUUACACGCCUCCCACUUAGCCAAGAUAGGUUGAGAUCUAGCAGAUGGAAUGUACACAAGAGUUCUGCAUAGUCUCCCGGUCCCCCCGACCUAGCGACCAAAAUUUACACCUAGAUACACUAGUCAAGACAGGACACCGGUGUCCGGCCUGAACUAUUUACACCAAGAUUCAGCCUGACCCAAACCACCUGUAUUAGACGGGCUGACAACAGAGCAUCUAAUGUCAACAUAAUUGGUGCGCCUUCGCUUCUUCCUUCCAAAGGGAAGGGGCCGAUUCCAUACAACCAAACCAAUUCCAAAUACAAACCCCUUGUGGUCCUACCGCUCUAACGGUAUUAAUCUUACCUCUUCGUUCCUGGACUUGGGCUUCACACUCAUCGACGGGGCACCCCGGUACUCACUGCGCAGAAGCCGAUGAUCUCCUGGACAAAAGGCCAGUGGCGCCGAGACAAAAGGAGGUCCACGCAGAAGUCCAGGGGUCCUGCCGCGGAGAACGUUGGUAAAGAUCUACCGUCUCAUGUCUCUGUCUCAGCUACUGUGACGAUGAGCUUCCCAGCCAAUGCACCAGAGAUGUAACCGUGGAAGUGUGCAGAAGCCAAACACAGAGAGAUGGACACAGGUAUUCAGGAAGUAAGAGGCCUUUAUUCAUGUACCGAUCGGGUCUCAGAUGGACUAAUGUUCCACAACAGAUCUGAGCCCCGAACACAUGUUGUACAUUCCUUAUAUAGCAAUAUAGCUCCUCCCAUAAAUAGCUACACCCACACAUACCCUUAACCAAUCAAUGAACAGAGUCUGGACUUGCUCAUCCGGUCAGACCACAUGGCUCAUCCGAAAAAAAGAAGGGAGUGUGAUUUCAGUUCCUACAUUCCUGCACAUGCUCAGUACAUUGAUGACAGCAUCUUGGCUACGUGUAACCAACUAACUGAUACUACAAACACAUAUCUACAUAUGCCACGUGGCAAUCUUGGCCUACUAAACUUCUAUUUUAUUGGAAUUCCAUCACAUUAACACAGUAAAGGAGUUUAAGCAUGCGUGGAGUAGGCAUAAGGCUAUCCUAGGUAUAAGAUAAGGCCAGGAACUAAUGAAAUUAUUUAGGAAAUUGGGCAGACGAGAUGGGCUAAAUGAUUCUUAUCUGCCGUCACAUUAUAUGUUUCUGUGAUGUCUUGGGUGCUUAAAUGCACCCUUAGGUAUCUACAGAGAUAUACCAUCUGAGCUCAUAAAUAUUUGGAUAUGCCUUCAAUAGUGCCAAAUUCAAGCAUGCCCCCACUCACAUGGCCCUGCAGGCUUUAUUUCUGUGCAAUGCAUUAACAACCAAGCAAUUUACAACUAGUGAUAAAAAAAAAAAAUCCCAAAACACUUAAGGUUAUAAAUUUGCUGUCGCUAUAUAAAUAAUAAAAUAAUAAUUGAAAGUAAAUUUCACAUUUAAACUCAAAGAAGUUGACCUAGAAGCAUAGCUGACUUGGAGAAAGUGUCCUAUUUAGCUACUUUUGCCUUCAAUCCAAAAUUAAUUUAGCAUUUCUGUCAAUUCUCACCUUACUAAAUAACCCUGUUUGAGUAAUUUUGGAUUUAGCACACAAAUGUAGCUAUAACACUUUUUUUUUUUUUUAACAUUCGAUUUGAUAGACCUAUGCUGUGACAUCACAUCUCCCUUCUAAGAAGGCACAGACAAGGCACUUCAUGCAAACUAAGCUAAAUUUCCCAUGAUCCCAUUGUACAAUAAACCAUGUCGGUUCACAAGUUUUGUUAGUCUGCCAGCAACAAGUUCCUCAUUACUAAUAUUGUCGUACAUGACUAAACCACAGUUUAAAGGGAAAUUAUUGUUGGUAAACUUGCAAAUCCCCCCCCCCCACCCACCCAAAAAAAGCAAAAGUCUUGCCUGUGCGCAUUUUCAGAAGAAUUAGGUUCACCAAAGAGACAUAUGUAUUUUUAUAGAUCACUUUUAAAAGGUAUGUUGUACAAGUGGCAAGAAAACAAAUAACAGCAAUAAGCUGCAGUGCAGAAGGUGCAUUGUGGUCCCAAUAUUAAAGGACCACUAUAGUGCCAGGAAAACAAACUCGUUUUCCUGGCACUAUAGUGCACUGAGGGUGCCCCCACCCUCAGGGUCCCACUCCCGCCGGGCUGAAUGGAGAGGAAGGGGGUUAAAAACUCCCCUUUCUCCAGUGCUGGGCUCCCUCGGUCGCUGAGGACUCUCCUCCUCCUUUGGCCUUCAUCGGCUGAAUGUGCGGCAAGAGCCGCACGCGCAUUCAGCCAGUCCAUAGGAAAGCAUUCUCAAUGCUUUCCUAUGGACGUUGGCGUCUUCUCACUGUGAAAAUCACAAUGAGAAGCGCGGCAGCGCCUCUAGCGGCUGUCAAUGAGACAGCCACUAGAGGCUGGAUUAACCCAUAUGUAAACAUAGCAGUUUUUCUGAAACUGCUAUGUUUACAGCAGGCAGGUUUAAUCCUAGAUGGACCUGGCACCCAGACCACUUCAUUAAGCUGAAGUGGUCUGGGUGCCUAUAGUGGUCCUAUAAAGACUGUGGGAAAAUUGGACCAGGGAUAGGUGUGGAUACGUUUACAGAGAUAAAAGAAAAAAAACCACAAAGUGAAGUUAGUUAAGUAAGUCGCAGUUCCAAAUGUAAGAAACAUGUUUGAAUUAAGAACUCAUCCCUGACCAGCGAGAGACCACCAGAAAUCUACCCUCUCCUCUGCAAGAAGAGUUAAAUUUAUUGCACAGGUAUGACAUUCUAACAGUUCCAUCUUAAAUAUCAGGGGUGCAGAGUCGGAGGAUCAUUGAGUAACUGUGUCACCACGGAUAUUAUAGAACUCAUACUAGUAUGUUGAAACAUCACAUAUGCUGCAAUAAGUAUUAAAACAUGUUUUGUAUGGUGAAUUAUUUUUUGGACGCUGUCCCAGAAAGGCUAAAUCUUAUUAAUGCAGCUUCUCUGAAUAGAGGUAGAAGUAGAUUUUUAGGAAGCUUCCCCAGCAGAGAUCUGAAGAGAUUGGUAAAUGCCAAGAAUAUUAAACAUGACAUAAUAAAAGCAGAUUUCUUCAGUCUGCAGUUUAUAGAGCUUUUGUGGAUCAGAAAGAUUCCACCACACCGCUGUUUGUGCUUAAAGAUGACAGCCAUCUAAUAUACAGUGUGGUAGAAAGAUUUGUCAGACAGAAGGAAAGCAAAGACUAUAUUUCCCCCAUAUGAAUUGUCAAACACCAGGUUAGCCAAUGGUUUAAGAAUGAGAAAUUAACUACGUCAGACCGGAGUAAAGUUUCAUGAAUCAAAAUUAUCGCAAACAUGACACAAUAAGGAAUUAAGACUCACUAUGCUUAACAAGCCUUUUGACAUGUUACAUAAACCAAAUUGUAGACAUUUUUUGUUCAAUAACUAGGAUGGAGAGGCAUGUGGAUGCUAUGUUCACCAAUACCUACAGAAAGUUCCUGGGCCAGAUCUCAGCCAGACGGUACUUACAGAACAUGAUGGGAAAACGACUAGGGUAAGUAGGAAGUGGGGAAACAGGGAAACCUUAUCAUCCACUGUUUCUGAACACUCAUUGUGCCACAGGCAAGACAUCAAGGAAUGGAAAGGACUGCAGCUUGGUGACAGCGACAGGACAAUUAGAGAUGCUUUGGAGACUCUUCUGAGGGAAAGGUGAGCAGAUAUGAUUUUUAGUUCCUACAGUUAAAUCCUAUAAUCUAGUACAGAUGUUUCUCAUAAUCAAACUUUUUUUUUAGUCGCCAAACACCAAAUGUCAAAUUAGGCCAUAAUAGCAGAGCUGGUUGGAGGAGUUCUUCAACUCUAAAGGUAGACAUUAUCUCCAACAUUCUGCUACUUUGGUACUUCAUUUCAAUGCCUUAUUGAUUCACUAGAGCAGAGGUGCUCAAUGGGUAGAUCCCCAGAUGUUGGACUACAACUCUCACGAUGCUUUGCAUGCCUUCAGAAUCCCUUAUCACGGAAGCAGUACUUUUAAAACAUCUGGGGAUCUACCUUUUGGGCACCCCUGCACUGGAGCUGGUUAAAUUAGCUGUAAGGCACUUGGAAUUAUCAUUAACACAUAUUUUACCUUAACCCUCUUAACUACAAGUUCAUCAUUUAUGGAGGUAUUCUUUAAGGACCCAGUUGGUCCGGGGCAAAAUCUAUGGAUAGAUUUUCUCUUAAAAUAUGUUUGAAAGUGCAGUAUAGACCUGCUAGUUAUUCUCCACAUCGAUGUCUUGGGACAAAAAAAAAAAAAACAACUUCCAUCGAAGGCAGUUCUAAAGCUGCCCUACUACUGUUAACAAGACCAUGGUGUCAAAGCAGCACCAUAGAUUUGACGAGAAGAGCGGCUUGCCUUACAUUUGGUUAACUACUUCUUAAUUUAUGUUAAAGCCUUUCUAAUAUAGUAUUGCUGAGUCAGCCAUUCUGAUGUUAACAGUAAUGAAAAGCACCAUGUGCCACUAUACCUGUAUUAUGUGUACCAUGAAACAUGCAAAUCUGUUUGAGGGCUAUGUUUCCCCCCCCCCCCGCUUGUUUGUUUGUGUCAGCCUGCUUGUGUUUAUUGUAGACAGGUCAUCUACAUGUUUUGUACUUGGAUACCAAAGAGACAUUAUGUAACAGCUCUGUCUCAUUCCAGUGAAGGUCCUGAAAGGAGAGAAGAGCAGCCGCCACACGUCUGGCUUUAGCAGCUACCCCGGUGAAAAGAUGAGAGAACUGCACUGUUAAGUGGAAACCACAGGCAGGGAUUAGUAAAGUUGCUGAAAAAAGAAUAUAAUUGCUAUGUAUAUUCAGAUGGCAGAUGAAGGCUUAACUCCUUCCUGGUGUGCAUAUAAAUAUUGUCUCAUAUCAUAAGCGUCCAUGCUCUUUCCAUGAAAUAGUUAUGGUGUAUUUUCUC